CUGGCUGCUUACACAAGGCAUCCGGAAUGACACUGCCGGGACUCCAACAUUUCCAUUCAGUGCAGUGGAGCAUGCUCCUGUAUAAAUAGUUUCCAUAUGUCAUCAUUACAAUAAAAAACGAAAAACAAAAAGAAAGGAAGAGUGAGCAUAAACUCUCCAGAGCCCAAACCCUUCCCUUCACAAAACAAAUUCCCUACUUAGGGGAACUAAAUGCUCUCUGGGCAAACAAAUUUCUUUCAUUCGGAGGGAGGAGGGGCAGGCGGGUUCCUGCAGCUGUUUUGGGAGCACAGGGCAGAGGCAAGGAGGGGAUGGGGAACAGAGCAUGCUCACAGGAACCAGGGAGAAGCCAUCCUUCCCAGCCAGCCUAUUUUAAGCUAAGCUGAAGACAAUUAGGAUUUUCAGUGCUUUAUCUUCAGUACUUGCAUUUGUUUUACUAAAUGAAAUAAUUUAAAGAUCCAACUGGUUAACCUCCUACCAGCUAGCUAGCUACAGGCUAGCUCUUACAUUUGCCUCUGACCUUCCCCAGUUUGGCUCUCAUUAGCCUGUUCUGCUUUCCAGAUCCAACACACUGUUUACAGUGUUUCAUUGAAGCAGCUUCAGAUGGCUCCAGUUAGAAUCCAGAGCCACGCAUCUUCACCUGACUUAAGAGGGCCUUCUUUUAGAAGCUUGAGGAAGGUUUUGGUUGUACUGCUGGCUGCCAUGCUGUCUACACAGUGCUGUUUUAGUAAGUACAUCCUGUUAGCAGAGAGCUGCAAACUGCAUGGAAGGCAGGGCAAGUAAUGUAAUUCAGCAAAAACGUUCCUAUAGCUAACUAUGCCAUUCAUACUGCUGACAUACGCCAUACACUCAUUGUAGGACAGCAAAAUGCAAUCUGCUGGUGUGAGGAGUUGCAUUCACUAGCAGCAUUUCCCUUGGCAAGCAAACAAGGAAGUGCAGAGGAUUUGAGAAUUAGGAGGCAGGACAUCUUCAUUCACAAUGCCUUGAGAGACCCUGACUAGUGUGUACAUCACUUCUCUUCAAGGAGCAUACUUUUAGAGAUCUUUCCCUGGGACAGCCGCGUCCCAGUUGGAGCUGGACACCGACACAGAAGUGCCUGCUGACCAAGGCUCUUGGAGCUGGGCAUGCUUCCAAAGCGUGCUGCACAAGUCCACAGACAUGCAAUUCAGGCUCAGUGUGCGAGCACCGCCCUUGCUGGGACUGAUCCCUGUGCAAGCAGCAAGAGCACAAAGCAGCCCACACUGCAGUUUCUCACUGAUUGCUGCACUUCACCAUUUAACUGGUGUCUUCUCAUUUCAAGCACUGCAUUUCUCAGUGCCAUACCACUUCAAUUUCUUUUACCAUCCAUCUGGACUGCAUACCCGUUGUUACCCAAACUUUGUUAGACACAGGUUCACGCUUUCAGUUUAAGGGAAAAGUAACCAGGAAUCCAGCAAUGCUGUAUAUGCACCAUGGAAGAUGGCAGAUCCCACCAGCACCAAAGCUGUCCUGGGGAUCCAGCACAUGGAACUGGUUGUAGCAUCAGAUUGCCAUGCUGGUUCCCUCAGUAACUCGGCUCCUGAGAGCAUGAACCAACAGUACAGAAAUAGGAUGGCAAAGAGUCUUUGGUACCUCCAAAGACUCUCAGAAGCAAUCCUCUCCAGGAUAGCUCUCCAUCAGCUGAACCACGUGGUUCACCUGCUACAGAAGAUGCAACUUCAUGAAAACACGAAAAAAAAGGUGGCAACCACAGAAUCACAGAAUCACAGAAUCACCCGGGUUGGAAGGGACCCCAAGGAUCAUGUAGUUCCAACCCCCCUGCCUAGCAGGGCCACCAAACAUACACAUUCAGAUCAGGUUGCCCAGGACCCCGUCCAACCUGGCCUUAAACACGUCCAAGGACGGGGCAUCCACAACCUCCCUGGGCAGCCCGUUCCAGGGCCUAACCACUCUCCUAGUAAAGAACUUCCCCCUAACAUCCAACCUAAAUCUUUCCUCCUUCAACUUAAAACCAUUUCCCCUAGUCCUGCUGUUGUCAGCCCUUUUGAAGAGUUUACUCCCCUCCUGGGUGUAGGUUCCCUUCAGGUAUUGAUAGGCUGCAAUGAGGUCACCCCGCAGCCUUCUCUUCUCCAGGCUGAACAAGCCCAACUCCCUCAGCCUGUCCUCAUAGGGGAGGUGCUCCAGCCCCCUGAUCAUCUUAGUCGCCCUCCUCUGGACCCUUUCCAAAAUCUCAAUGUCUUUCUUGUACUGAGGGCUCCACACCUGGACAAACCCUUCGUCAACACAGGCCCUAAAGGUACCUUCAGUCCCAAAGCCCAGUCCCAAGUCCCAGGACAGCACACAAGGCAGGCAAAUUGCCAAAGCAGCCAAAAGCAGCAAUGUCCAGAAUGCAGGCAGAUUCUAACGGUGUCCAGUCUGUUAGCACCAAUGAUUUCCUCUUCCAAGUGUCUACAAUGCCACAUUGCUUCACCUCCACUUCACCUCUUCACUGUUUCACUCCCCACCAAUGCAGUCAAUAAGAAACUGCUCCUUUUAUUCAGGUGCUGAGCCAUGAACACUCAUUUGUCUCUGCAAGGCCAGGAUCACCGACCUGGGAGAAAGAAAGCCGGAAGCUGCCUAGAACGCACAGCUGAUUUAGCUCCUAGCCAUGCAUCUCAGAGGUGAGAGACAGCAGAAUCACAGCUGUUAGUGCUUGGCUGCCAAUUCAUCUCUGUGCCAGUUGAAGCAUCCCACAACAAAUCCUAUAGACUCAAAACAUCCCAGAGCCCAUCUUGUUUUCAGAAGAUGCUACGGGAAGGAGUUAAACAGCCACAAGGAAGCCCCAAAACAAUUUACCAUCAGUUUGCUGCAUGGGAAAAACAGGGCAUCUCCAACAGAGCACAGGUGCAGGAGUAACAGCACGCUGCUGAACACCUCAAGUCAGCAGAACUGAGUCAGAACGCAGCAGCAGCCUCGGGCUCUUUGUCUUGCUGAAUUCUCACAGCACUCGCUGGCUGUAAGCCUCAACAAACAAAGCCACUCCAGCUUCCCAGGUAACACACACAAGCUUUCAGAACACGCAUGUUGUCUCUUCCUGUUAGUGCUAGAAAACAAUUGCGGGUUCCCGUCCUUUCAUCUGAGGAGGCAGUGAGUUCCUGCAGCACACACACCAGCUCACUUUGUGCUGCCAUCCGCCACGCUGCAGGGAGCUGAAUCUGCACAAACGAUGAGCAGAUGUCCCUCAGCACGGACUGCUAUAUACUUGCUAACAUCUGCACCACAAACACUUAAAAACACCAAUGCACAAGCUAAACUCAAUGACAGAAGAGCCAAAGCGUCGCAGGGAAUUGCUUUGUUCCAGCAGGCGCUGUGCUUCCAGACAGCUCUUGCUCUCAGAGAGCAAAGCCAGCACUGAGGUCACAGCCUGCUCUGCACUCAAUAACUGCUGAGCUGCGAGGAUUCACACGAACGUUUCCUUCCUGCUCCUCCCUGCUGGGGACAAUGGGACAUUCCUAAGUAAAAUUAAAGAAAAUAAACAGUAAGAGGCUUCAAAGAAAACAGGGAUGAGAACAAUUCAUAGAGUUCAUGGGAAGGUCCACAUGCUCCCACAAGGGAGCCAGAACCAGGCACCUGCACAGUGUGAGUGCACAUAACGGAGGAGGCUCUGCUUCUUUUAACAAAACUGGAACUGCAGUGCUGGAUCCAAAGCAUUUAUAAUCAGCAGGAGUCACAGAAGAGGAAGGCUGCAUUAGGAAAACACCGUUAAGAAUUACAACCUCAGCUUCUGCAUUCAGCCAAAUUGCUGCCUUCUUCACACAAUUUGUGAUCUUACCUCCAAACCACAAGGGGAAGCCAAAGCCACAACAGAAGGAUCUCCUACAGCCUCACAUUACUCAACUUUUAGCAAGGGAUGUGCCCUAUGAUCCUGCCAGCCCAAGCACUUUACAGCAACCAGGGCUUUAGAAAUACAGAGAUAAGAUUAUUCUGUAACUGAAAUUAAAGAAGCAAGCUGUUGAAGCAGCUCACUUUGGACGGAUAAAAAAGCCAACCAAACCAAACACACUACCGUUUUUGUUGAACCCAACUAAAAAAGAGACAAGCUGUGCCCGAGGCUCUGACUCAGGAGAAAGGCCAGACAUGAAAUGUAUGCACGCUUUUAUAACCCAUAAUUUUUAAACGAAGUAACAAAAAAGGAAAGAGACAACAUCAGAAUCCCUCAGAUAAAGGUUUGUAUUUUUUUUUUUAAACACAUCCUGUUACAUGAAUGCAUUUCCUCUUUUUGUUCCAAAAAGGGAAAUGAACACCUCAUGAUUUUGAUAAGUUAAAAUGUUAACGUUCAACACAAUGCUUUAGCAUCAACACAACAUCAGCAUUUUAAAAACAUGCUCCUUAUCUUGAUUCCCCAAAGCAGAGCCUUUGGAUUUUCCUGAUGCAGUUUGGAAAGAUGCUUGACAGAGCUGCAACCCGACCAGAUCUGCCUUCCAGCUACAGCUGCCUGCAGCUCCCUGGAAAAGCUGCAAGGUCAGCAGCAGGAAGCAAAGAGGAAGUGCUUUGCUUACCUGAGAAAGCAGCAAGAAUCUCAACAACAAACCUGCAUGGCUAUAGCUCUCAGGUUCCUUUCAAAUUAGCCGAGCUCCCCACCACACAAUGCCAACUCGUAACAUUCUGCAGAGCUCAGCCCCGGGCAAUCUGGGCCAGUUUCUUUGCAGAGGACGAGCUCCCUGCAAUGAAGCCCCCUCAGCUAUUGCAGAGAGGCAGCUGCCUCAAUGAUGGCCCUCCACCUCCAUUGGUCUCUGCAGCCCAAGCAUGCGUUGCAUCUUGGUGCCAGCCCUGGAGCACAGCUCAGAUGCAGCUGGCCAAACGCAAUGGUAACUGGGCGCAUGUCGGCUGGCCUGAAGACACAGCAAUAGCAAGAGAACAAGUGAGAUUCAGUAAUUUCACAGCAAUAUUCUUCUGUCUUUCUGCUGCACGCUGAGAUCAAAGAAAGUGAUUUACAAAGCCCAGCAGAGGUUGUGGUGUUGGUGGGACUCUGCUGCACCAGUUCUUUUGAAAUACGGCACUGCCACAUUGAAACUUCAAUGUCCCAGCCAGGGAAAAGUAGCUGCCAACAGCAGAGGAAGAUGCUUGUUGAGGAAAGGGGAAAACCCCAACCUCCAGUGCUGUGUAACUGCUCUCUUCAAUAUUUUUUGAAAAGGAAAGAUUCCUGCAUAUUUGGUGCUGCUGGCAGGCACUAGAGAGGUCACAGGUUGGAGAAGAAAGAAGGAAUUAAACCAUGAGUUUGGCAGCUUCAAGCCAGAAGUCAGAGGGCUGUUCCCAGAUCGGUCCUUACAUCAGGUCUGACCUCAUAUGGAGAUGAAACACAUCUGAUUUUGAUUACAAAAGUUACCAGCACUGCAGAUCCCCUCCGACCCUUGCAGCAUGGUUCCAAACCCUGCUGUCAGACACCUGCCCAAACCUCUCCAGCUUCAGCCAGCAGGCAGGCACUGCUCCUGGCCCAUCUCACAGCCUCCCGCUCAGGGCACUGCUCUGCUCUGCCCUCGGAUGAGCUGGAACAAGGGCACUGCAAGCAUGCCAAGCAUUAACACACAUCCUUUAUGGCACCAGAUGGAAACCAUCACCUCCCUCCCAUGACUGUUACUUAUUUGAAGAAUGCAGGAAUACAUGUGCCCCUAAGAAAGCAUCAGCUGAAAAUGCUAUGCUAGUGCCAAGACAAGGAUCUUGUCACCUCACAAAAUAAAUAAAUGCAUGACUUUGGGUUCAUCUGAUGCUCUUGCUCACAAGCCCACACUGACUGACAUGGAAAACCGCCCUUUAAUUCCAGGUUUUAGAAGAGCUACUGCUGGCUUCCCAUUAUUUUGCUUGGAAAUCCUGUCUGGUUGGCUGGCCUGCAGUCACUAUCCUGUUGAUCUCCUUUUGGGGCUGGAAGAAAGACACUGUCUUAGCAGCAGUCAGACUGUCACUCUCAGAGCCUGAAGGAAAAAAAAUGAAAUAAAAAUCUGCUGAUACUUAAAUACCGAACUUCAGAAUCAGCUAGCACUCAGCGUUUUGAAGCCUCUCCUUCCACAGCUAUUAGAGAUAAGGCUCUGUCACCACUCUUGUAUUUAAAAGGAAGGGCAUUAGCCUUGGUCACUUUCUUCCCCCUUUCCGACCCUAAUGCCAACAUUCUCUGUACUAAUUCUCAAUUCAUCAAAACCAAUGUGGUCACUUGUUUGCACCUGCCAGCAGAUCAGAACAAAGCGGAGUGCUCAAUAUGACUCAAGGGUGACAGGGCAGAUCCAAGAGAGUUUCAGCAAACGCUCCUCUGCUCAAUCACAUUUCCAGUGCUUCUGGUUUGUUCAGUAUCCUGCACAGACAGCAAUCCCCUCUGUGCCAGGAAAAACAAGCAGCUGUGCAGCCAACAGCACCAUUUUCCUGUUUCAGUGGUGACUCACCAGCAGUGAGCUAAGUGACCAGCUGGGUAUAGUCAGCCAGUGUUGUAGGAACAUUGCACAUGGGGACAGAUUAUGCCCCAGCCCUUGUGCCUCUAAGCAAGCUCUGAUCACUCCUCAUCCAGUGUGACCACCCCAUGGGGAGGAGGAGACAGGCUGUGGAAAUGCUGGUAAGGCUUCUGGCUUUGGAGCCCCAGCACCGCAGGCUGACAGCCUGUCAUUCCACCUGUGUCUGAUCACACUGUGAGACAUGCAGCCACUUACUAGUGCAAUUUGACCCUGGAGAGGUUUUAGCAUUCCCAUCAGCAGGAUAGAUCACUGAGUCUGAAUGCUACAGGCACUUGUUUGUUUAGCUACCAAGAGGGAGAACAUGUCUGCAUAACCAGUGAAAUCCCUCAGAGGGCUGCAUUGCUCCUGCGUACAAGCCUUCCCAAAUCCAUUGAAGAUGGUGCAAGUGUUCUCAAAAAUACGGUUAUAGUUGGAAUAAAAUACAGGUGAUCAGGCAUUCCCAGCUGACAACAUCCACACACUCGUGUGAGAGACAGUCACAGAGCUGCUAAACCAUUCAGCCCCCCAGCAUCAGAACACUUAACACAGCAGUGCAUCCUCAAUUUCACUUUGUGUGAGCACAAAAAGCAAAGCCUUUCCUUGCAAGCCAGACUGAGAUCAGAAAAGCAGCACUGGAUACUCCCGGCUAUGACUCAAUGCCAGCAGAACCUCCAGCGCCCUGCAGACCUUUGGUAUGUGCUGGGUGCUGCAGCAGAGCAGAGCAAAGCAGUGCAGAGCAGCGCACAGCCCUACUCGCCCCCAGCCCAGCUAGCAGCACUGGAGCCCAGCUUCCUGCUGCACCGCUCCAAGCAGCAGAUGACUGAAAUCCUAAAGCUGCUCUCUGUAAAGAAAGCAGCCAUGUAAAAAUCAGGCUCAAUAUGCAAAAGCAAUUAUGAUAGAGACAGAGAGAGAGCCCUGCAAGGUCCAGACCAAAAGCCAGAGACACUGGAGGGGAGAGAAAGGCCGAUCAAAUUUACCACACUUUUCCCAGCUUAAGGAUCAGAAAUGGAGUGUUCUGGCUCAUAAAUUCUACUUCCAGCAAAUUCGAGCUUAAAUCCCCUGAAGGCAAUAAGGAAAAGGCAAUCAACAACAACUCUAACCACUUCACAGAUGCUCCUGUUUAGUUUUUACAGCACUUCUUACAGCAUUCAAAUGGGUGAAAUGGGAUUUCAACGCAGGGGGGCUGACAGCAGAAGGCAGGAUUCCUCAGUGAAGAUUCCAAGGGCAAAGGAAGUUCUGAGACACAUCAUAUCGGUUAUGAUGAGUGAACUCAGCGUGCUCUGCCUUGGCUCAUUUUAAUCUGGCAGUAAGAAAGCUUGGCUAAACUGAAUAUCCUCCAACUACAGGGCCUUAAAAAUCCACAGGAGCCACAAAAAUGAGAGGAAAAGCGAGCAAACUGAUGCGUUCCCUGGGAAGCCAUGAGAAAACUAAUUGCUGUUUGUCUCCAACUGUUGUUCCGCUUCCUGAGCCAAAUGUUCCCAAGUCAGCUGCAGCGGCUGAGGAGUGACCAGAUAGAGCUAGAAAGCUGUCGAUUGAAAAUUGCAGCUCAGACACUCUCAGACUCCUUAACGUCUUUUAUAGAUCCAGGACCACCUGUCUGAAAAGCAGAGCCCUCCACUGCUGUGGCACAGGGCCGUAUGCACACAUCUCCAGCUAACACCUCAGCUAACGGCCUCACCUGACCUGUGCUCACAGCUGGGAGGUGAUGGCAGUGUGCCGGGAAGAGACGUGCGAAGGGAUCGGCCGCUUCCUCCAAGCAGCACAGUCAUUUGCACAGAGCACGAAGAAGCUUCCAGAGCCCUCACCAUCCUCUAGUCUCCUCACAAAUUUAUGGGCACGAAAGAUGACAUCCAUCGCCAGAGCACUAGCGAUGACAAAAGAGAAGGAACCAUUUGACACCGGGAUAAUGCAACGCUAACCCAAGUCAGCUUUACCUUGAAUACGCUUUUACUCGCUCAGAUUUGAACAGCAUGGGGCAUUCAAGACUAAAUCACUAUGAUUUUUUACAGCAAGAAAGAGUCAACAGUGCAGGGAUUCUGUUUGACAAAGCAUCCUACUGUGAAACACACAAUGUCUGCAUUGUGCAAAUCGAUCUCCUGCAGGGCUAAGAAAACAAGGCAGGCUUGGAAAAAAUACACACACUGAUUGCAGCCCACAAUGCCUCCUGGUACUUCACUCACAGUUUCUCUUCUGCAGGUGCCACAUUUUCAGAGUUACACUGAGAAUCGCCUGAUAAAAAUGCUUUUGUGAGGUCUGGACAACACGGAGUGCUGUUCCUCUUGAAUCACAGAUAUCAUCUCUACUCCCUCAUUACUGCAAGUAUUUAAGUGCAGCCGAGGCAGUCCUGCCUUAAAACCUGAAUUCUCAGUAUGAAUGAGAUUCCAGAGGAUGAUGUACUUGGAGCUUCACAGCAGAAACACGUUUUCCACUACUUCUAACAUGAUAUUGAAGGAUGCCCAACAUAUCCUAAAAAGCAGCCUCCUUCCUCUGAGUUUACGGAGCUCAUCACCCAGGGAAAUGAACUGUAGAGGAGAAAUUGACUGAGGGGGAAAACAAUCUCCUUAUGCUUUGGGUCUUCGUUUCCCUUUCCAAGAUUUUCACCCCUUGCUCAUCUCAGACGCAGUUUUGCUUUGCUUGCUUAAAGCAUUCAUUACAACCCAUCUAAGCCAGGUAAGGAUUAGAGAAGCACUGGCAGGAGCUGCAAAAAUGCAACGUUGUUAGAUUGGAGAAGAGACUUUCAGAGGCAUAAACAGCAAUUCAGCACAGAACUUGCACUUCAGAGAAAACAAUUCCCUGUAUAUAAAUUUUAAGUAGGUACAUAAUAAGAAAAGCAAAAUCAUUCACAGAAUUGCAAACCAGACGCUCUUGAUAAUAAAAUAAUUUUGCCCAGAUGCCCAUUCCGACACAACUGUACAUCCACACUUUGCAGAUGAGACAGGUUAACCACAGCAGUGUUACGCAGUGUCUCUUAAGUAAAGGACCAGAUUCAACGCAGAGCCAGGUCACUUCAGGAGACAAGAUCCCAGCCUGUGAUCUGGCUGCGCUUCACCUCAAGUGCCACAGAGAAAAUGCUGCCACUGGAACUAAUUGAAGGCAAAUUAGUAAAACCAGGAGCCACGAUAGGAGAGAAUGUCCUGUGUAGCAUUCAAGAAAGCAACCAGACAAUCUAAAGUCUGUCAGAGAUCUCGGGGUGUGCAAGGCCGAGGCAAGCAUUCCUUUUUCACUCAUCCCCUAUUUCUUCCCAAAUUAGCUACAGCAUUUCCACAGCAAAACUAGUGCCCAAGUCCAUGCAAACAGCUUCUAAGUACUCACUGGAAUUCAAAGAUCAAAAGCCAGAUGAUCAAAGAUAACUUAAGUCCGCUAGACAGCUAACAUUUAAAGCACCUAUUUUUCUUCAAAAUGCUUUCAAUGCUUUCACAACACCUACAGUGGUUCCUCAUAAAGUGCUG